GCUGGGAGCGGCGGGGGCGGCGGAAGGUGAGCCGGGGAAGGUGGCCGAGCACCCGUGCUGCCGGGCCCUUCCCAGAGCUCCCUCAGGGCGGCAGUCCCAGCCCGGUUCGCCCCCACCCCAUCCCCCUUUUCGUCAGGAUUGCCUUUUUUCCCCCUCCUUCUGCGGCGGCGGAAAUGACAGUGUGGUGCUGCCGCGGUGUCAUGGUGCUGCCCCUGGACUGAGGAGCGAAAACUCUAAGUUUGGCUCGGGAGACCCAGCCGCGGUAGCUUGGCGGCCGCCGUGCUGUCCCCGGCGGGGCGCGCGGGCGGGCGGAUCCCGGCUGCUGCGCGGCAGCGGCGGCGAAGGCGGGCGGCGGCCUAGAGCGGCGACGGCAACGGCGGCAGCGGCGGCGGCGGCGGCGGCCGGGGAGCUCGCGCCGGAGCCCGAGCCAGUUCACGCAGAAGGUGAAAGCCCAGCCUCUGCGGUUCUUAAUGCCUCAGCAGGAUUAUUUUCACUAAAGAUGGAAACACUGGAGUCUGAAUUGACCUGUCCAAUCUGCCUAGAGUUGUUUGAAGACCCCCUUCUGCUCCCUUGUGCUCACAGCCUCUGCUUCAGCUGUGCCCAUCGCAUCUUGGUCUCGAGCUGUAGCUCUGGUGAAUCCGUUGAACCCAUUACUGCUUUCCAGUGUCCUACGUGCAGGUAUGUUAUCUCACUGAACCACCGGGGCCUGGACGGCCUCAAGAGGAAUGUGACUCUGCAGAACAUUAUUGACCGCUUCCAGAAGGCUUCCGUCAGUGGACCCAAUUCCCCAAGUGAGAGCCGCCGGGAGAGGACUUACAGGCCCAGCAACGCCAUGUCUAGUGAGCGAAUUGCUUGCCAGUUUUGUGAGCAGGACCCGCCAAGGGAUGCAGUGAAAACAUGCAUCACCUGCGAGGUCUCCUACUGUGACCGUUGCCUGCGGGCCACACACCCCAAUAAGAAACCUUUCACCAGCCACCGCCUGGUGGAACCAGUGCCAGACACACAUCUUCGAGGGAUCACCUGCCUGGACCAUGAGAAUGAGAAAGUGAACAUGUAUUGUGUAUCUGAUGACCAAUUGAUCUGUGCCUUAUGCAAACUGGUGGGGCGUCACCGAGACCAUCAGGUCGCGUCCCUGAAUGAUCGGUUUGAGAAGCUCAAGCAAACUCUGGAGAUGAACCUCACCAACCUCGUUAAGCGCAACAGUGAACUAGAAAAUCAAAUGGCCAAGCUAAUACAGAUCUGCCAGCAGGUUGAGGUGAAUACUGCUAUGCAUGAGGCAAAACUUAUGGAAGAAUGUGACGAGUUGGUAGAGAUCAUCCAGCAGAGGAAACAAAUGAUUGCUGUCAAAAUCAAAGAGACAAAGGUUAUGAAACUGAGAAAGUUGGCACAGCAGGUUGCUAAUUGCCGCCAGUGUCUUGAACGCUCAACAGUCCUCAUCAACCAAGCUGAGCAUAUCCUGAAAGAAAAUGACCAGGCACGGUUUCUCCAGUCUGCAAAAAAUAUUGCUGAGAGAGUCGCUAUGGCAACUGCAUCUUCUCAAGUUCUGAUUCCAGACAUCAAUUUUAAUGAUGCCUUUGAAAACUUUGCUUUAGAUUUUUCCAGAGAAAAGAAACUGCUGGAGGGGCUAGAUUAUUUAACAGCCCCAAACCCACCAUCUAUCCGAGAGGAACUCUGUACUGCUUCCCAUGACACCAUUACAGUCCACUGGAUCUCGGAUGAUGAGUUCAGCAUCAGCUCCUAUGAGCUUCAGUACACCAUAUUCACUGGCCAGGCUAACUUCAUCAGUAAGUCAUGGUGUAGUUGGGGCCUGUGGCCAGAGAUAAGGAAAUGUAAGGAAGCAGUAAGCUGCUCAAGAUUGGCCGGGGCGCCACGAGGCCUGUAUAAUUCCGUGGAUAGCUGGAUGAUUGUGCCCAACAUCAAACAGAACCAUUACACAGUUCAUGGACUUCAGAGUGGGACACGCUACAUCUUCAUUGUUAAAGCCAUAAACCAAGCAGGCAGCCGGAACAGUGAGCCUACCCGACUCAAAACAAACAGCCAACCCUUUAAACUGGAUCCCAAAAUGACUCACAAGAAGUUGAAGAUCUCCAAUGAUGGACUGCAGAUGGAGAAGGAUGAAAGCUCUCUGAAGAAGAGCCAUACCCCAGAGAGGUUUAGUGGCACAGGAUGCUAUGGGGCAGCAGGAAAUAUAUUCAUUGACAGUGGCUGCCACUACUGGGAGGUGGUCAUGGGUUCCUCAACAUGGUAUGCAAUUGGCAUUGCCUACAAAUCAGCUCCCAAGAAUGAAUGGAUUGGCAAGAACGCCUCCUCAUGGGUCUUCUCUCGAUGCAAUAGUAACUUCGUAGUCAGACAUAACAACAAGGAAAUGCUGGUGGAUGUGCCACCACAGUUGAAGCGUCUGGGUGUCCUUCUGGAUUAUGACAACAACAUGCUGUCUUUCUAUGACCCAGCUAACUCUCUCCAUCUUCAUACUUUUGAUGUGACCUUCAUUCUUCCAGUUUGUCCAACAUUCACAAUCUGGAACAAAUCCCUGAUGAUCCUGUCUGGCUUGCCUGCCCCAGAUUUUAUUGAUUACCCCGAGCGGCAGGAAUGCAACUGCAGGCCUCAAGAAUCCCCUUAUGUUUCUGGGAUGAAAGCUUGCCAUUAAGUUUCAAGAGAGCGUAUAAUUCACUGGCUCUCCAGUUCAGCAGUUCUUCCCCUCCUAAACCUCAGUUAGUGUCCAAUAUACAAGAUACAAAAAUAAAGUUCAUUUGAAGCAUCCAAAAUAACUAGAUAUUAUAGAUUUAAUUUGUGUGCAUUAAAGCUUGUAUUUGAAUUAAUGUAUUGAGUUUCUCAGAACAAAUUAUCUGAGUAGUCUGGGUUCAAGCCAUUGGACAAGAAAUUUGAAGAAUGCUUCUCUUGUCAUUGGAGAAUUAAAAAUUCCCAGUGAUUUAGGAGUAUAAAUGAUAUUGGAAGGAAUUAGGGUCUUUGUAGGUAAAUAAUGUAGAAGGAUGCUCUGAACAAGGGGCUAGCCAGCCGGAAAGCAGGGGUGUGUCAGCCUUGCUAGUACUGGCCAGUUAGGCCAAGUAGAAUUUUGAAGUGUCAAAUGAUCCCAUAUUAUGUGUAGCUUUUUAUGAGAAAACCUACAAUCAAGGAUUUAUUAUAAAGAAAACAUGUCUGUGUAUAUAUAAUAUAUAUAUAAAAUGAAUAAAUAAUAUAUAUUAUAUAUUCAUUUUAUAAUUAUAUAUACAUAAUAAACUUUUUAAUUUAGUCAUUUGCGUGAGAAAUAUACUGGAAGGGAAAAUAAAUUAUACCAUCCAUUUUUGUCCCCUAAAGGGAACAUCAAAAUCAGUCAACAUUUCUCCCCUCCCGCCAUUCAUCCCUCCCUUCCUCCCUCCUGUCACACACACACAUGCACAUGCAAUAAUGACAUAGAUGCUGGGAAGAGCUCUAGGUUGGAUCAGGAGAGAUAGGGAGACAAGAUUGCAUGAGAGAUGCUAUUGCUGGAUAGAAAAUUGAUCCAGGUAGAUGUGUUAUAUGUAGCACAGUCUCAUCGAUGCUACCUAAUGGAGGAGGUUUGUCCGAAUUCUUAAAAAUUCUGUCACAGAAUAUUUCAAAGAAGUACAGUUUUCUUACUCUCAAGUACAUACAGUUACUAGAAUUAGGCUUAAAAAAAGAGUUGCAUAAUGGAGGUUCAUUAGGAACCCUCUUUAUUUACUUAAUCAGUAAGAAUGGAGUGUUGUAGAUGCAACAACUAUUUGCAUAUAAAUGUACUUAUAUUUUCAGAUAAAACACUUCUGAAGUGCUUAAGAAUGCCUGAGAAUAGUUUGUUUUCUUAAACAGGUUAAAUAAUCAUUCUUCCCGCAAUCUUAUUUACACUAUUCACUUGCGUAGCCAACCCUUUAUGGCAAAUGCGGAUGUAAGCUUCAACCCAGUCCUUAUCACUAUCAUGGAAGGGAAUCAAGCUUUCUGGUCUGUGCUUCUGUCAGUUCCGCUGCUGGGAUUGGGAGUGUCAGCACCAGAGCUUUCUCCUUUCAGGAGCUGAGUCGGCUUUAAGGAGUCUACUUCUUGGGAGUCGUGAAAAUAUUGUGGUUGCACAACGUGUUAGUUGUAACAUGUCCCCAGAUCGGAGCCUUGAAACAAUGCCAAAACUUCACCCCCUCUUCCUUUCCACAGCCUUGGUGGACGUUCAUUCAUUAAUUCAUUCAACCAACUAUUAGAUGCCAGGUACCACGCUGAAGCUGACCUACUGAUAAUCCACAGCCCCUGCUGUCAAAUGGCUUAUUAUUCUGUAGGAGAGACAAAGUAUCUAUACAAAUCCCCUAAGAAACAGUUUCGUAUUGUCUGUACACCUAAGAUGGAAAGCAAGACUGAUGCAGCUACAGAUGGCAGGCUCAAACUUACCUAUCUAGUGGCAAAGUCAGUUUUUUUGGUUUUAAAAACCCUACACGUACUUCCUGCUAAUCAGGAAAUGAACAACCUCGGUAAGAUUCAGCAGUGAUGGGAAACAGCUUGCUGUGAUGGAAAGCUCAUCAUAGCCUUCAGACUAAAAUAAUCCAUUUCCUCUGCCAUUUACUAGCUGUGUGACCCAGGGCAAGUACUUCACUUCUCUGAGCCGCUGUUUCCUCUUCUGUACAAUAAUACCUACCUCACAAGGCUGUUGCAAAGAUGAAAAAAGAUAGCACAUGGAAACUGCUUAGCACACACCGGCAUUUAGUUAAGUAUGGCAUUAGUAUGGCAUACUUAACUAUUAAGCAUGGCAUUUAGUUAAGUAUGCAACAAAUAUUAAUUUCCUCCACUCAGCCCCAGGCCCAGUACAGUGUAGCAGUGCUUUAAAAUGGAUGUCUGUCAUUUCUAAGUCACCCUAAGUCUCUCCUCUAGGGCCUGUCUCCAAAUUCUUAAACAAAACAGGUGAUUUUAACCCCUUCAUAAAAUCUUUCACUGGCUCCCAUAGCAUUCAGUAGAAAGUCCCAGUUACCCACUUUGGCUUUUCAAGUCCCUAUUUGCUUUCCCAGCUUCAUCUUUUGCCACCUUCCCCCUCACACUGAUUACUCCAGCCAAGCUUAUCGAAUUACACAAGUUGUUCUCUGGGCCUGGAAUAGAGACAUUAGUAACAAUUUUGAUGCCCAGAGUAAACAGUAGGAAUUGUUCUUAAAUUAAGGGAAUAGUGUGAAAAUGCUGUAAGUGCAGAACACUUCACCUUCACCCCAGUCCGAUUUUCUUUACCUUGGCCUUGGGACUCCCAUGCCAUUCAUUUUUUGUGCCUUUUAGAUUUUAGUGCCCUGAGACAAAGCUUCAGUUUCUCCAACCUACUUUUGACUCUAGCCUGGACUUGCUUUCCCCACUUCUGCCCCGCUCGACUAGAUUAACUCCUGAAACCCUAGGCUGGGUUAUGUUCUCCUCUUCGGAGCUCCCAUGGCACCCUGAGCACUAACCCCUCUCAGCAAUAAUCACAUUGUAUAGCAGUGUUUUUCAAAGUGUGGUCCUCAGACCAUGUUAGAAUCAUUUUUGGUGUUUGUUAAAACAAUUGAUUCCUAGACCUCACCCUCGAUCUUCUUAAUUAAAACGUCUGGGCACAUAAGUGGAAUUUUACACCUUUAACAAGCUCCCCCAGGUAAUUCUGAUGCACACAAAGGUUUAACAUAUAAGAAUCGUCUUCCUCACUAGACUGUGAAUACCUUGAGGGCAAAGGCUGUGUCUUUUGGUUUUGUUGUUGUAUUUUCAACACCUGACAUAGGGUGUGGAACAGAGUAGUUGCCUGGCUAAUGUUAAUUGCAUGAAUGUAUGAGUGAACAAAUGAAUAAUCAAAGUUUCCCUGUUGUACUCUGAUAUCCAUAUUAGUGUUUGUUGUUUUCCGGGCAGAAAUGCUUGGCUACUUCUCCAUUUGGGCUGUAUUGAUAUUAUUUUGCAAAUGUCCUAGGUCUCAUACAUAUAAAUGAGUAUUGUCUUCCUCAAAAGCUCUUUUGGAAGUUGACUUGGGGGAUUGUCUGGAGCAUGUGGCACCAUUCUUUUCAGUAACUUUUCAGUCUUUUCAAACUUUGAAUGUGGAUUUAAGUUUUGGUCAUAGCCCCAAAUCACUCAGAGCUAAGUCUACUGAAUAAAGUAGGAAAAUAAACUGGGUUUGGGGUAAGCAAUGAAGUUUCUGAGCCAAAUAAUAAAAAGUGCUUUCCAAGAAAAAACAUGGUGGCAAAGUAUUCAGUGGGGGUGUGGUGAGUCCCAGAUACUUCAGUAAACUUAAGACUUUCAUAGAAUACUGUCAAUGCCAGGUACCUUAAGAGAAGUCAUUGACUACCUCUAGCUAAACCCACUUGGACAAAGGGAAUAGGACCUGUAUUUAACAUCUUCAAGGAAGGAGACUCCAUAAGUUUUCACUGUUGCUCUCCUCAGUCUGUUCUCCUACAAUCCUUUCUGCCAGCACAUUAUUCUUUCUGUCUUCAGUUUAUGCUUAUUUUCACUUUUUAUAUCGUCUUAUUGAAGAAAGCACAAAAAUAAUCAACAAUAAAGUUAAACAUGUUUUGAGAAUAUGAAAAAAAACUUUAAUGCCACAUUGGAGUUCUGGCUACUUGUAAGUAAGAGUAACUGCGUCUGUAUGUAUUUUUAUCAUGCAAUUCCAUUGUGUAAACUUUGGAUGCAGUGAAUUUCAAAUUGCAGCAAAAUCACUUCUAUGUUCUUUUCGGCUAAAAUACGCUAGGUGAAUUUUCUAAGCUUCCAUGGUUUACAUAUUUAUAUAUGACUACCUGGUUGGAGCAAUCCACAGAUGGACUUUUUGAUAAGUGCAAAUGUUUGAUACCCUUUCUUCUACAGAAUGGAGAAUGUGAGGCUGACAGAUGAGAACUACUCCCACACUUAUUUUAAUUCCUGAAGCCAACUGCAGCCUCAGAGCCAUUGGGCUGUACUUGUGUGUAUUACAGGUUGGCCAGGUUGACCGCCGUUAGGUCAGGUGAAACUGCCUUUUACAGUCUGGUCUGCCAGCUUCAGACAUACGCUAUGUUGUUGUCGGCUAGAAUAUUUAUUAGACUAUUGGACUAUUUUUUAUCAAAUAUUUGAUCCCAGGCUUGUUUGUACUGGGAGCUCUGGACCAAUAGUGUCUCACCUAGUGACAGAAAUCUGAGCAUCUGUGGAUUACACAGCCUCAUCCCUCUAAAAUAUC